AUGCAUUUUUUUGUGGCAUGUCUCUUCAGCAUCUGGGCCCUGGCCACCCCUCAGCCCUACGUUGUGGAAGACAUCUGCACUGCGAAGCCUCGCGAUAUCCCAGUGAACCCCAUCUGCAUCUAUCGCAACCCUGAAAAAAAGCUGCAGGAAGGUGAAGGGCAAGAAGCAGAGAAAGGCAAGAUCCCUGGGUUCACCAACCCCCGUGUCUGGGAGCUGUCAAGGGCCAACUCGCGCUUUGCUGUGAUCUUCUACAAGUACCUUGCUGACUCCAAGGACAAUGGGGAAAACAUCUUCAUGUCACCCCUCAGUAUCUCCACGGCCUUCGCCAUGACCAAGCUUGGUGCCUGUGGUGACACCCUCCAGCAACUCAUGGAGGUCUUUCGAUUUGACACCAUUUCAGAGAAGACAUCUGAUCAAAUCCACUUCUUCUUUGCCAAGCUGAACUGCCGGCUUUACAAGAAAGCCAACAAAUCCUCAGAGCUGAUAUCAGCCAACCGCCUCUUUGGAGAGAAAUCUUUGGUCUUUAAUGAAACCUACCAGAACAUUAGUGAAAUAGUUUAUGGAGCCAAGCUCUGGCCCUUGAAUUUCAAAGAGAAGCCAGACCUCUCCAGGAAGAUAAUUAACGAGUGGGUGGCUAACAAGACAGAGAGGCGUAUUACAGAAGUGAUCCCAGAAGGAGGUAUCGAUGAUCUCACCGUUCUGGUCCUGGUCAACAGCAUUUACUUUAAGGGACACUGGAAAUCUAAGUUCCCAGUCCCAAACACAAAACUGGAUUUAUUUCAUAAAGCCAACGGUGAGAUAUGCAAGGUCCCGGUUAUGUACCAAGAGUCCAAAUUCCUCCACGCCUCCAUACCCCAGGACAAAGUGCAGGUGAUGGAGCUGCCCUACAAAGGGGACGAUAUCACCAUGGUGCUGGUCCUGCCUGAAGCCGGGACGCCGCUGGUGGAGGUGGAGCGAGAGCUGACAUCGGAGAAGCUGCAGGGCUGGAUAGGCUCCUUGGCGGAGGUCUCGCUCUCCGUCUUCCUCCCUCGCUUCCGCAUCGAGGACAGUUUCAGUGUCAAGGAGAAGCUGAGAAAAAUGGGUCUGGAAGAUCUCUUCAGCCCAGAAAACGCCAGGCUCCCAGGCAUUAUUGCAGAAGGACGUACAGACCUGUAUGUAUCUGAUGCGUUCCACAAAGCCUUCCUUGAGGUGAAUGAAGAAGGCAGCGAGGCAUCAGCUGCUACUGCUGUCACUGUCUCUGGCCGGUCCUUCCCCAUGAACAGAAUGAUCUUCAAUGCCAACAGGCCUUUCCUGCUCUUCAUCCGGGAAGCUGCCCUCAACACCAUUAUUUUCAUGGGCCGAAUAGCUGAUCCUUGUUCCUAAGCCAUCGGGCCUCUGCUCCUUCUUUUCUGCCUCUGGAAAGUGGUAGUAGGGUAUUACACCACCCAGCUGG